AUGUCUUUCGCCAACGGAACCCCACCUACUUCCGACUUGGGUGCUGUUCCCCCGACCGGUGCUAGUGGCGACCAAGCCAAGACAACUCUCUGGAUGGGUGAGCUCGAGCCAUGGAUGGAUGAAAACUUUAUCAAGGGGGUCUUCCUUUCCGCCUCUGGCGAAACCGUUAAUGUCAAGGUCAUCCGUGACAAGAAUUCAGGCAACGCCGGCUACUGCUUUGUUGAAUUUACUUCUCCCGAUGCGGCUACCAAGGCACUCGGGCUUAAUGGAACCCCUGUCCCCAAUAGCUCUCGUCAAUUCAAGCUUAACUGGGCUUCCGGUGGUGGACUGGUCGACCGGCGUGAUGACCGUGGCCCCGAAUACAGCAUCUUCGUUGGUGAUCUAGGACCCGAGGUAAACGAAUACGUGCUGGUCUCUUUGUUCCAGGCACGCUUCCCUUCCUGCAAGUCUGCCAAGAUCAUGACGGAUGCCAUGUCUGGUCAGAGCCGCGGCUAUGGUUUCGUUCGCUUUUCCGACGAGAACGACCAGCAGCGAGCUCUUGUUGAGAUGCAAGGUGUUUACUGCGGUAACAGACCUAUGAGAAUCUCUACCGCUACUCCUAAGAACCGUGGUACCCAUGGCUUCGGCGGACACGGACACCAUGCCGGCGGGCCCAUGAUGGGCGGUGUCCCUCAACAACCCAUGUGGGGAGCUGCUGCCAUGCAAGGAGGUUUCCCUUAUGGCGGCUACAAUCCUGCUACUCAGAUGAAUCAGUUCACGGACCCCAACAACACGACGGUUUUUGUUGGCGGCCUCUCUGGCUACGUCACCGAAGAUGAACUCCGAUCCUUCUUCCAAGGCUUUGGCGAGAUCACCUACGUCAAGAUCCCUCCUGGCAAGGGCUGCGGCUUCGUCCAGUUUGUCCACCGACAUGCCGCCGAGAUGGCCAUCAAUCAGAUGCAAGGAUAUCCCAUUGGAAACUCGCGCGUUCGCCUGAGUUGGGGGCGAUCUCAGAAUAACUCUGGCGUGGGUACCCCUUAUCGCCCUGCCCCUCCUCCUCCACAUUACAUGGGCAUGCCCAACCAUGGUCCGGGUCCAUAUGGCCCUCAGCACUUUGGCGGUCCUGCCCCAGGACCUCAGGGUCCACCCGGACCUCAUGGACCCCCGGGAGCCGCCGUGCCUCAGUAA